ACAGUUGGUGAAGACAGCAGAAUCAUGGGUUCUUUAGGUGUUGUUAGUGCAUUAGUGCUUCUGAGCUGUGGCUUGCUGAUAUCUGUUUCUGCUAUUCCAGCCAUCCAGGGUUCGGAAUUAGAUUACACUGAAACAACAUGUUUGGAUUCUGACCUUAGUCUCAGUUGUGAUGAUGGUGUGAUCUUUGUAAAGUCAGCAAGAUUUGGUUGGCGAAGCACCCGCCUUUGUGGCCCUGGAAGGCCACAUUUUGAAACCGAUCCUGCUAGGUGUUUAAGAGAGAUUCCUAUUAUACCUAAAUGGUGUAAUGGUCAGGCGACAUGUAUGAUAAACAAGGAAAAAAUUGGAAGACCACAUCGUUGUUUUUUCACUCAUUACACCACCACCUACAUUUGUAUUCCAGCAAAAACAAUUGAGAUUUGUGAAGAUGAACGCGGGCUCUUAAGAUGUGGUAAUGGUAGGAUUAAGGUGAUUGCUGCGAACUAUGGACGUACAGAUGGUACUACCUGCUUGAGAAGACCACCAUUCAGAAGGCGUCUGAACACCAACUGUUAUUCACAAAACACACUGGAUCUUGUGUCUCAAAGAUGUGAUGGGAGAAGACGCUGCUCCUUAACUGCAACCAAUGAUGUCUUCUCUGAUCCGUGUGCUGGCACACGCAAGUACCUGAAGAUUACCUACUACUGUCAAUCAUGAUUGUUAUGGAUUUAUUUGUGAGCAUCUCCUUCACCAGUGGUGUUAUCAAGACUAACCGUGCUUGUUACAAUUCUACAAUGUUUAUUGUCGUUGACCACAUCAGUUUUGCAGUUUUUUUUUCUUUUUUUUUUUUUUCCCCUUUCUGUGGCUGUACAAAUGGCUAUCUGUGUGACUUGCUAAUAGACAAUGGUUUAACUUUUGUAGGAUUGACACUAUUGUAUGGCAUAUAGGUGAAAUCAUCAUUGUGUGGUUGUCUUAAUAAUUGCUGGUGUUGAAAGUUUGCUUUUUAAAUAAAUCUGUGUAAAAUGAGA